AUGUAUGCUCUGUCAUUCCUAUGUGUCCUGUGUGGGUUCAUUGCUGCCCUUCAGGUGCCCGGAACCUUGGCAGAUUUUCAGGUUUUUUUUAACCCUGGUACAGUUCUGGCCUCCCUCUCAGAUCGGAAUGAGAUUGUGAACAAGCAGAAAAAAUUGAGGAAAGUCGUCAUUCCCACUGUUAGCCAUAAUAGCUGGAACCGUGAAGCUGAAGCCAACGCUCAGAGAUGGGCCAAGACCUGCUCCAUGAAACACAGCCCUGCCAGUUCCAGAGAGGUCAGCAUCACUUCCAUAGUCACGGUAAACGCCAGCUUUCAGUCAUGCAACCCCUGUCCCUGUGCUGACCAGGGCAGUAACUUUCCCAAACUGAAGGAGUGA